AGUAAUUCGUUCGUAUCGAAAUAUUAAAUAAUAAAACAUGACACCCUUAACAGAUGCUGAUUGCGCAUCAAAAACCUUUGAUCUUAUCCGAAAUAUUCAAAUUGGAAAAAUUAAAGGUUCUUUUGAUAUUACAAUUAAUACAGUUGCAUUAUUCAAAAGUUUUAUAGAAUCAUAUAAUUGGAAAUCUGCCAAUGAAUUAAUAACAUUAGUUAGCAGAGAAGGUAAAGUUUUAGCAACAGCCUUACCUCAAGAAUCUGUAACAUCUAACAUGGCCCGCAGAGUUUUGAAAAUAAUACGUGAAGAAUAUGAUACAGCACACAAGUCUCGAGCAGAAGGUCAAGAAGGAGAUACACAAGCUUCUCUUCAUAAAUUAGUAACGCAAACCAGUGAGGGCUACGGCCUUGUGGAUUAUAGUAAACCUCAAGAUGGUCUUUGUGAUGCCAUUUUAGAUCACAUUGCAGAAUUCGAAAUUGAACUUGAAACUAGUGGUGAAAAUAUCUACAUGCAAGCUGCAGAACAUAUUCAUUCCUCUGAAAUUAUUUUGACAGUGGGUUAUUCCUUAACUGUAGAAAAAUUCUUGAAAAAAGCUGCUCAGACCAGAAAAUUUGAAGUUAUUGUAGCAGAAUGUGCACCUCAAAAUAAAGGUCAUCUUCUGGCAGCUAGCUUAGCUAAAAGUAAAAUUCAAACAACAGUAAUUUCUGAUGCUGCUAUUUUUGCUAUAAUGUCCCGAUGUAAUAAAGUAAUAAUAGGUACCCACUCAGUUCUUGCAACUGGUGGCCUGCGAGCUGUUUGUGGUUCCCACAGUGUGGCAUUAGCUGCUAGACAUUUUUCUGUUCCAGUCAUCGUUUUAGCACCUCUAUACAAAUUGACUCCAUUAUAUUUGUGUUCCCAAGAAUCUGAUUGUUUCAAUAUAUUGGAAAAUCCUGCUGGAACAUUGCCUUACAAUAUUGGCGGUGUUACACGUGCUGUUAAAGUAUACAAUCCUGUUUUUGAUUAUGUUCCUCCUGAAUUAGUUACUUUAUUUAUCACAAAUUCUGGGGGUAACUCUCCUUCAUACAUAUAUCGUCUACUAAGUGAAUUGUAUCAUCCACAAGACUAUACAUUGCAAGACAAUAAUAUUCAAAAUGUUAAAUUAGUUUUGUAACAAAUAAGUUAUAUAUUUAUUAUAUAUUUUGUUUUGUAAAAAUCUAUAUGAAUAAAUUUCAUACUU